UCAGCUCAACCUAACCUAAAUUGACAUUUAUAUUUAUUUGAGUAGACUUCAAACAUAAUAAUAUAGGACUAAGUAAUAACUAAACUAGCCCUAGAAGACAUUUAAAAUAGUGUAGUGUGUCGUCAAAACCUAAUAUAAUUUCAAUUUCAGUCAUGGCAGAGGGUUUUAGUGAUUUGAGACAAUUAUUACGUAUCAAACAGAAAUGCUCAGAAGUUGACCACGAAUUUCCAGACAAAAGGUAUGCAGCAGUACCUGUUUAUUAUUCACAUCAUCGUACUAUUGAAGAGGAAAUAUCUGUUUUAAAUCUUUUAAAAGAGGGAAUUCAACAGAAAAGAUUAUUUGAUGACGUCCAAUGCACAAAAAUUGAAGCAAAGAUAGAUCGAGUUGUAGAAAGAGCCGAUAAGGGAAAGUAUAAACCUUGCACUGUUGAUCGUGCUCCGCUGCGUAACAAGUAUUUCUUCGGCGAGGGUUACACAUAUGGAUCCCAGCUGGCUCGAAAGGGACCUGGUAUGGAGCGCUUGUACAGGCAAGGCGACGUAGACCCGAUACCAACCUGGGUAACCCGUUUGGUAAUUAACCCGCUCGUUCGCACGGGCCUGAUCCCUGAGGGGUUUGUCAACUCUGCUGUCAUCAAUGACUAUCGACCCGGUGGAUGUAUUGUCUCUCACAUUGACCCAAUUCACAUUUUCGACAGGCCGAUAGUUUCGGUGUCGUUCAUGAGUGACUCGAUGCUCAGUUUCGGCUGCAAGUUCACUUUCAAACCUAUCCGAGUGUCUAAACCUAUCUUCUGCUUACCUUUGGAAAGAGGAUGUGUCACCUUAUUGAGCGGUUUUGCGGCUGAUGAGAUAACGCAUUGUGUUCGUCCUGAAGACACUGUAGCGCGUAGAGCUGUCAUAAUUCUACGCAGAGUGCUGCCUUCUGCACCAAGAAUUGGUUGUGACGAAGAAGUUCUCUCAAUAGUAUCAAACCAUGAGGAAAUCAACGGACUAUCAAGGCCUGCUGAUGAAAAGAGAAGAGGUAGAAAACGAACUGUCAAUUCUCAAGUGAGCGAUUACAGACCCAAACGAGCUCGAGCUUCUUCAGGCGAAACUCGGGAUAAGAAGGAUGGAUCUAAAAAAUUAUCUGCUUAAGGAAACAUUGAUCUCAUUGAUGAAUCAUAGAAAGAGCUUUAAUAUUGUCAAUACAAACAAAAUAAUUUUGUAAUAUUGUUUAGGAAUGAACAAAAGUGUUUCAAAAUUUAAAUGAGCUGAAAAUAGUAAAAUUAAUAGUGACAUGAUUAUUUUACAAAACUUUUCCCAGCUUAGACAAUUUAGGUAUUUCAAUUGUAAUGUUAGGUACCAGAACAAAAUUACAAUAUUUCGUUUUGUAUUGCUUGCUAAAUGCCUUUUAAGUACUUUAAGGCAUGUUUUGUAAAGUUUGUUAGGGUUUAUUAUACCUUGUUACCUAGAUGUGAUAAAGUUUACACUAAACACUAAACAUUAUCAAUAUGUACAUAAUUUUCGGCACUAUAUAUAUGUAAUAAUUGUUUUAUAGAUCAAUCUUGUAUUAUUGUUGAUAUUUACGUUCAAAAUGAAGUGCAAUUUAGUGAAGCCUGUUACUAACGGCGCUUUUCAAUAAGGACAUAAAACUGAAAAUAAAUAAUAAGUGCAAUGUUAUGCUUUAACAUUUUACAGCAUUUGUUCUAUUUAUUAUUGUUGGAAAAUAGUUUUAAGUUUUCUAAUAUCUGAAUAAUUAAAUGCAUAAUAAUGAGUUCAACCGCAUAAAUAAUUUGUAGGUUUUAGACAUUUUGUAUACACCUUGUUUCUUACUUACAUUCUUGCUAUACAGUGCCUUACAUGUUUACUCUUAGUUCAAAUAAAUAACAAUUAUGUUUGUUAUGUGUUACCAUAUCCUCUCAUCUGCUGUAUUGUCAGUUGUACAAGUGUUGUUUUUACUGUUAUAAAAUAUAUUAAACAUAUUAAAAAUGUUGUUUCAAAGUUC